UUGAUUGGAGAACCUUAUCUAAAGAAAAAUUCCUUGGAAAUAAAUUCUAAGCUAGCAGAACUAUGGCAGUCUCUUAUAACCAAGGGCUUAGAUAAAGAAUCAAAGAGGGGUAUUGUAGAAAAAAUUCCUUGUAUGACAAAUUGUACCUUAAAUGCCCCAAAAUUAAACCAUGAAAUUACUGCUAUUUUAAGUAGUAAUGCUAGAACGAGAGAUAUAAAGUUAAGUGAAAAGCAAGACCAAAUUGGCUUAGUAAUUUCAAAUUUGAAUAUAGUACUGUCAGAUCUCAUUAAGAAAAAAGAUAAAGAAAACAUUGAUGUGAUAAGUGACAGUAUUAGACUAUUAUGUGAUUUACACUACAUGGAGUCUGCCACAAGAAGAGCAGUUAUUCUACCAGGUUUAAAUAAAAAUAUGAAAGAAGCCCUUGAUGAAACUCAAAUUACAAACUUCCUAUUCGGAGGAGAAAUAAGCAGUGUCCUUAAAAGAUUAAAGGACCUUGAAAGGUCUAAAAAAGGUUUACUAACUCCUUUAAGCUAUUGGCGCCCGUCUCCACCAAUGUCAACUCCAUAUCAGCCUCGAGGCGGGCAAAGGGGCAACUACCUGAGCAGGAUAAAGUCACAACAGAGAAGAUACAAGACAUUCAAGAUCCUCAACCAGCUCGAGCUCCUGCCCUAG